GAGCUGCCGCCCGACGCGCAGACGGCCCGGGGAGCGAGCGGGCGAACGGGCGAGAGCGGGCGGGAGGGCGCGCAGCAGCGGCGGGGGCCGAAGCCCGGCGCGGGAGGCACCGGGCGCCGGCCGGGCCGCAGGGAGAACCGGCGGGGCGCGCCGCGGCCCCGGCCCCGCGCGCGCCCAUGACGGCGGCCGUGCUCCGGGAGGGCGUGUUGGAGAAGCGGAGCGGCGGGCUGCUGCAGCAGUGGAAGCGCAAGCGCUGCGUGCUCACCGAGCGCGGGCUGCAGCUCUUCGAGGCCAAGGGCGCGGGCGGUCGGCCCAAGGAGCUCAGCUUCGCCCGCAUCAAAGCCGUGGAGUGCGUGGAGAGCACCGGGCGCCACAUCUACUUCACGCUGGUGACCGAGGGCGGCGGCGAGAUCGACUUCCGCUGCCCGCCCGAGGAUCCCGGCUGGAACGCGCAGAUCACCCUGGGCCUGGUCAAGUUCAAGAACCAGCAGGCCAUCCAGACCGUGCGCGCCCGGCAGAGCCUCGGGACCGGGACCCUCGUGUCCUAGACCGCAGGCUAACGUCUUCGCUUCCCGCGGCCAUGGACGCGGUGUCGUGGGUCGUGACAGGCCUCUGAGUCUCCAGGAACCUUCAGAUGUGAUCUUGCUGUGUUAUCACAACAGCCUGUGAUAUUGGACUAUUUCCUGAUAGAUGCCGUGGUGAAUCUUGGGCUGGGGGAGAAGCGCGUGGGGUGCAGGGCUUGUGUGGACCCCGCCCCUCGAGAGCGACUGGCCUGGUGAGUGGACGGGUUGUCACGUCUGCAAUUAGGGCCACGUGAGAUCCUGGUGCCCAUCUCACUCAUCGCGGUGCUCUCCUUGCCUCCUUUCGACGAAGGAAACGUCCGUGUUGGAUGGGCCCACGUGGCAGGACUGAGAGUGGUCUUUGACCAACAGCCCGCAGGGACCUGGGUCCCACCGGCGACCAUGUGAGUUUGGAAGCAGGUCCCUCCCGGUCAGACCUUGAGACGACACCCCCUCCUGGCCGACAACUUGGUUGCUGUCUGUGAGACCCCAGAGCAGAAGGCCCGGGGGCACGCCCGGAUCCCUGGCCCUUAGAGGCUGUGAGAUGAUGCACUGUGUUGUCUACACCACAAGUCUGUGACGAUUUGUCACUCGGCAACAGAUGACGAAGCAGAUGCUGUCGUCAGGGCUCUCUUCUCGCCCGGCUCUUCACACACUCACUGCUGUAGCCUCGGUCUGCUUGUCUGCCUCCACCCUCCCGCCCCGGGGUAGGGACCAAGUUCUCGGUGCCUUUCUUCUCUGGGCUGGCCCUGUGCUUGGCUCACAGGGAGAGUUCAGUGUUUGCCUAGUGCCUGAGAGUCUAGAAUCUCCUGAGCGGAUGCUCUGGGCUCAGUCCAGUGGUCCUGGGGGCCGCGUGAGGAGGCUGGGGCCUGGGGGUGAGGAGGGGCAGGUCUGUUGUCUCCCACGUGGGCAGCGCACCUUCUCUCGCCAGCCUGUUUAGCCCAGGACACCCUGGAAUGUUUCCAGGCCGGAACGAUGUCCUUGGCCAUUUAAAAGCAUUAUCCGUAUGGCGGAGAAGACAAACUCCUUGAAAAAGAUGUUCUCCAGCACAGCAGAGAAGACGAGCUACUUUGCUGGGAGCCAGACGAGGCACCGGACUCCUCGUGCCACCGGGCAAGGAGGACGCAACCAGCAGCCUCCUGUGGCUGGUGUGACAAGCGACCACACACGUGGUGGCUUGAAACAACAGAGGUCCCUUCUUUCACGGCUCUGGAGACCAGACAUUCGAAAUCAGCACGGGGCUGAUGCCCGGCUGGAGUCAGGGCGUCGGCAGGGCUGUACUUCGGACAAGCCUACGGACAAGAAUCAGCCCCUGCCUCUUCCAGCUUCUGGGGAUCCAAGGGUCCUUCGGCUGUGGCCCCAUCACUGCAGCCUCUGCCUCUGUGGUCACGUUGCCCCCUCCUCCUCUGUCUGUAAUCCUCUGUGUACCUCUUCUUACAGACACAUGGCAACUGUUACAGCCCACCCGGAUAAUCCAGGGUCGUCUCCACAUCUCAAGAUCCCUAACGUGGUCAUGUUUGCAAGGUCUUUGCCACGUAAGGUAAUAUUCACAGGUUCCAGGGCUUAGAAUGUGGACAUUCUGGGGGGCUAUCAUUCAGUCUGCCUGGAGGGUGUGCCCAGGAGGGAAGAAACUGAGGCACAGACCAUAUUCUCCUAUUCUUAGCAUCCUAUUCUCACCCAGCAAGUGAGGCCCGGAGUCUGAACUCCCAGACCGACUUCCCUGCUGCCAACGGCUGUCCUCACAUGAAGGGAGGUCAGGACAGACAGGGCCAGCCCUGCCUUCCCGUCCUGGCAUCUCCCUGCUGUCUGCCCCCCACCUCCCCUGGCACCUGCGUGGGAGGCCCGGCCGCACAGCCGGGCUCUUCUUUUCCUUUCCCCAAGAGCAGCAUCUCUCCCCAGGGCAGGUGAGGUAGCCCGGCAGAGGCGGAGGCUGUUAAGUACCCCCCCAAGACCUCCCACGCCCACGGGAACACCUGGGUCCCAGGCACAUGCUGUGGACGUAACCCUCCCCAGGCCGGCUGACGGCUCCCUGGGCCUGGGCCUCUGCUCACACAUGCGAUGCUGGCAGACGGCCCCAGCGCUGUUUCCUGAGGGACUUAGAGCUGCCCACCCUUCCAGAAGCCAGGAAGGGCGCGGGCGCGGCUGGCGGGGACCCUGGCAGGAAGGGUGUGCCCGGGGCACGUGCGCCUCCUCUUCGGUCACCACCAGCACUCAGAAGGCCUUUGUUCAGGACUGAACUCUGUCGCGCCCUGGGAGGAACUGUGGACCGGCUGGAGGGACCCAUCCUGGCCCCAGAGUGGGGCUGCUGAGAUCUGUUUGCUCAGCCCUCCCUCACCAGUGUGUGUCUAGGGAGCUGGAAUGGGCAUCUUCGGCAGAUGGUAAAUCCUGUGGAGAUGGCCCAGGGGAUGCUGAAUGUUUCCAGCUGUCCCAGAUCACUUUCCCUCCCCACCGCUCUGUCGCUGGAUCCGCUGGGAGAGUUAUAAUGGUCUGAAGGGUGUGAAAAUGCUUGGUGAAGUUGGGACACUACCCGCCACGGGGACCAUUAUUAUUAGUCUCCAGGAGCUGGACCAGGACAGCCUCAUCUCCAGGUGGCUGGGGAGGCUGCCUGCUAGCACGUGGACCAGCGUGACGGUUUCUCCGCUGUGUGGCUGGUGAGCAGGUGUCACGGGGCUUUCAUAACUACCAUCGUGUUUGAUCUUCCCACCGCCUGGAGCAGAGAUGAGCCCUUCUCACUUUGCAGAUAAAGAAACACACUCCGGAAACUUUGCGUCAUUUGCUCAAAAUCAUGUAGCGCUUGCCUGAUGUUGGGUGGGAACUGGGGUCUGUGGGCCGAGAACGGGCUGGGGCAGAGCAGCAAGGGGACGCGGGGGGUGCCAGGGAGCAGGGCCGCCAGGAGGAACAGUGACAAACACUGAAAGCCGGCCCAGAGUAAAGGAUGGGAGUUUCCGUCCCUGCCUGGGUGACUUAGGUGGGCGGCUGGGCUAUAAUUACAUCUUACUGAAGGCUAACGAGGGCGGGGACUCUGCUGGGUGCCCAGCAAGAACUGUAAAUAAUUCAAUUAGUAAAGCAGCAAAGGAACACGGGUGGAACAGAGGCUGUGAAGACAGGGUGGGAGCUGAGGUUUUCAGGAGGGAAGGGGCCGGGGGCGGAGCCACCACGAGGAACAGAAGUGCUGGCUGGGCCCCGUGCUGGGGUGGCCCCGGCGCUCCGGGGGCAGGCGUGCGGUGUGAGCAGGCCACGGCCGCUCGGCCUGGCCCCAUGGCCCUGAUCUGCCCUUCCCGGAGUCACACGAGAAAGACAAUAGUCCCAGAGAGACUCCUUCUGGGGACAGGACAGGCGGUGCCAGGCUGCCCGGCAGGACAAGGAACCCUUGUGCGCCCUCAGCCCAGAUCCUUCUCCCCCCUCCCUGGCCUUGGGCGGUGGUCGGAAGUUCAGAUCCUGGGCUGGUGGAGGCUGGGAGCUCACGCCAGGGGCCGGUGCUGGGCCGGGUCCCCUGGAGGUCUGGGCAGUGAGCCGAAGGGGCAGGGGCUGGGUCCUGGUGCGGCUCGAUGGGGCCUGCCUUGACCAGAGAGCGGCCUGAUGCUGAGCUGGGCAGCCCUUCCUCCUUGGCCCUCACAAUGGCCCUGGACACAAAGGGGAGGAGGCUUAGGCCCACCUUACAGAUGAGAAAACAGAGUUCAGAGAGGUGGAAGGCUCUACCUGAGGCCACCCUGGGGUUCACGCCAGCGCUGCUGCGGGGACAGGACCUGGGUGCCUGUCUGAGUGUAUCCAGAGGCGGAGGCCAUCUGAAGGGUGGGGAGGAAGCCCUUCUCCCACCCAUGACUCCACCUUCCCUCUGCUUCCCCUGCCGCCUCCACCUGGCCAGGCUCGGCCUCUGGGGCCCAGGCUGAGCCUGCAACACCCCGGAGAGGGGGCCAGGGUCCCAGCCAGACAGCUCUCAUUUACUCAGCUUUUCCUUGAAAUUCCAUGCACUCUGGGCGUUUGGCGGGAGCCUGGAAUGCUCUUCAUCUGAACAAUCUGUCUUUCAGGGCGCCUGCAUCAAUCACCCCAUUGUUCCUCCCGUUUCCUGGACCGCUCAGGCUGGGGGGCACCCGGCGCUGGCGAGGGGGGCGCCCCCUGGUGUCCCCAUCUGCAGGCACUCAUUGCAGUGCCGGAGCUGAGCUGGUGACAGCGGCCUGAGGGCAUCUUCCGACCUCUGGGAGGGGAGAACCCACGACGCUUCAUGAAGAAGCGUGAGCUGUGAGAAAGGACACUCCCCGGGUC